GUAGAGACUACGGUGGAGGCUUGAGUUGUACGAAGAACCUGCCAUGAUGGCAUCCUCUACAUUUUUGGUACUGCUGCUUCUUCAGUUCGACUUUGGACAAAGCUCCCAUAAACAUCUGCAUGAUGAUCAUUACAUCGGACAGCAGCACAACCCUGAACACGACAUGAAUGUACUGCUGGGAGAGGAGAGGACUAAUGGGAUAAAGAAACUCAGCCCAGCAGAUAAGAAGAAAAAAAUGAUGGAUAUUGUAAAGAAGAUUGAUACAAAUGGUGACAAUCUGCUAAGUGCAGAGGAGAUUACUCUCUGGAUUCAGCACGUCUACAGAAAAUAUGCUCUGGAUGAUGCGGAGGAACGCUUCCCAGAGUUUGACACCAACAAGGAUGGUGUUAUAACAUGGGAGGAAUACAACACGGUGGCUCAUGACCAGCUCCUUAGUUUUGAUGACGAUGCUGUUCUGGAGGAUCCAGAGCAAGAGUCUCUUAGACAUCUCCAUCGAAAGGAGAGGAGGCGCUUUGACUUUGCUGAUGUGGAUGGCACACCUGGCCUCAAUGUGACGGAGUUUCUUGCCUUCACCCACCCUUCUGAAGUGGAUCACAUGGCUGAUUUUGCCAUUGAGGAUGUCUUGAGUGAAUAUGAUACAGAUAAAGAUGGAUUCAUCAGCCUGAGUGAAUUUAUUGGAGACGUUCGCGGCGAUGAUGGUGCCCCUUCGAAGUGGGAGAUUGAAGAAACAGUGCGGUUUAAAGAACUGUAUGAUCAAGAUAAGGAUGGCAAGCUGAAUCGAGAGGAGCAGCUCCGCUGGGUUGCACCGAACAGCUACGGAUCAGCAAGAGAAGAAGCUCUUCACCUCAUCAAGGAAAUGGACCUCGAUGGAGAUGGACAGAUCUCAGAGGCUGAAGUUUUGAAAAAUCAAGAAACAUUCAUGAACAGCGAAGUGACAGACUACGGCAGACAUCUGCACCUGACACAUGAUGAAUUAUAACAGUCUCCUUUGGUUUAAUGUAGAGCUGUCAUUUGUUUCAGUAAAUGAUUUCAUGUAGUGUUUUCCUCCCUGUCUGUUAUAGAAAGGUUGUGGUAUUUACGUCACACACCAGUGAUCUCAGCAGUCACAGAUCCUUUGCGUGUUAUAUCUGAUCUAUUGUUCAGCUUGUGUACAAUAUGUUACAAAAUGUGAACAAAAGCUGAAGCCUUACACAACAGUACAUGUUUCUGGGCAAAGUACUGGAUUGCAUAAUGUUAUAGGGAAUUCCUUGUAUUACCCUUAAAGAGCAAGAAGCAUCACAAAGUGCAAUUUUCAGUUUUCAUGAAAAAGUACUGAAUCCAAUUCACAUUAAACAAAGCAGAUUUUGUUUUGGUUCCAUGGUAUAGUUUUGUUUUUUCUUUUUUUAAAUAGUGUCCGCUAUCACUUCAGCUUUUGGUAAGUGCUGACAUGUUGCAGCUCUUCCUCAUUUAAAUCAAAUGAGUAAGUGAGUGAGAGCUGCAGCAUGAAGCUUCGCUUCCUGAAUGUGUCAUGAUCUGUUUCAGUUGUAUCAAGCCACAGCCAGCUACGCUGCUUGGAGUUAGAAGUGGCUGAAAGUUGAGUGCACUCUAUAGCUGGGACUAUUUUUUUAAUAUACUGCCAGGAUGACAUUACAGUUUAAAGAUGCCUUUUGGGUGAGUCGUUGUUAUGCUGCUAAUUCUUCUUUACUUCUGGGUGCUUUGCAUGUGCAGGAUUAAAGUAGGCUAGACGUUUUAUUGAACCGUGAAGCCAAACUAUCUGAAACUUCAUAAUGUAUCUGCACACUACUAACCACGUACCAUAGAUUUACUUAGUUUGUCAUAGCCUCUCCAUAGUUAGUUCACUCCUUUAUCUUUCAGCUUUUUUUUCUCAUUUGAAAACACACUGAAUUGUUACAGUAAGUGCUGACAAGUGGAAGCAUUUUUAUAUCUAGAUUGUGGUCAUCAUGUCCAGUUUAUCUAGACUGAAGUGUCACACAAGCUAAAGGAUUCUUUCUCAGCUCAACCUUUUCAUAAUAAAUAAAUAAAAAAUGGGUCACCACA